AUGGCUUUCGGAGAAGUCAUCGAUCUCCUCAGCUCUGAAGACGAGGCGCCGUUGCGCGCUCCAAGCCUUACAAAACCGAUCGCAAAGACCAUCGCGGCCAAGGACGACUUCUUCUAUCUAUCUGACGACUUCGACACCACCGCGCACCUCAAUGAUGGCUGGGCAGAGAGUGCGUCUAAGAGAAGGAAAUUAAGUCCACCGCUUGCCGACGAAGAUAACGUCCAACCACUUUCGAAGCUACCCAAAUCAAGAAUGCCAAUAAUAACAACUCAGAGCGGUUUUAAGAGCAAAGUAGAGGACGAGUACGGUUGGCAGGGGAUCGAGGGAUCUGAUCCUAUUAUUUUCACAUCCUCAGCCCACGCCGAGACAACGGCUUCUCGUGCAAAAAGGACGGCAAUCGACGCCUUGUCAGCGCAUGGCGGCGACGAUUCGGAUGACAGUCUCCCGGACGACAUACUCUCCGCUUCUCUGCGCGCCACCAAUGCUGCUUCAGCACUCUCUGAACGGACUACAGCGUUGCUUGCGACCCUAUCCCAGUCUCCUCCACGCCGGAAGCCUUCCAAUAUCCGCAAGCCUUUGGGUGAUAUAGUUGGUAAGGGCAAGGCCCGAGCAAAAAGCUCGGCAGAUGACCGGAAAUCAACGGGACCAGAGGAUGGAAAAGGAACCCAGACGAAGCCCGCUAAAACGUUGAAAAAACCUAAGCUCACAGAUGAAGAGAAAGCUGCUAGGGCGCGUGAGAAAGAGAGAGAGAAAGAGACAAAGAAGGAGCAGAAGGAGAAAGAGAAAGAAGAGGACAAGGAGAAGAAGCGACUCGAGAAGGAGGAGAAAGCGAAAGAAAAGGGUAUAGCGGCAGACCUUGCCGAAGUCAACAAGUCAAAGCUGGACAAGAAAGACUCGACACCGGAGAUGAUCGUGAAUCUACCGGCAUCGAUAGACGGCCAGAGUGUAGACAUCCAGAUUCGACAGUUUCUCAAGAACCUCGGUGUAGAUGCGACUUUGUACCAGAGCCCGAUACCCAAUGUGAUUAGAUGGAGGCGAAAAUUGAAAGCGAGAUGGAACCCUGAGUUGGAAUACUGGGAGCCAUUGGGGCAUAUGCAGAUCGAGAAUGAGAAGCACGUCAUGUGUAUAAUGUCUGCAAAAGAGUUUGUGGCAUUGGCUAUGGUGCAACACGAAGAACAAGAUGUCGAGACGCACGUUGCGAAGUUGAAGAGCGCCUAUGACGAUUGCAUACCAAUCUACCUGAUCGAGGGCCUACAGAUCUGGAUGCGGAAGAAUCGCACGGCAGAGAAUCGAGCAUACCAAGCAAAAGUUCUCAGCCAGGCUCAAGCCGCCGAGGCUCCCGCAGGAAAUCAUCCCAAACGCAAGAAAGCCCCAGUGGAGAUUGUGGACGAGGACACGAUCGAGGACGCUCUUUUACGACUGCAGGUCAUGAACGGGUGCUUGGUGCAUCAUACGAUGACUUCCCUCGAGACGGCAGAGUGGGUUGCGAAUUUCACGCAACAUAUCUCUACCAUACCCUACCGAAGCCAAAGAAUGAACCUCGAAACCUCCUUCUGCAUGGAAUCCGGCCAGGUCAAAACCGGCGAGGACAAAGACGACACUUUCGUCAAGAUGCUCCAGGAAGUCGUCCGCGUCACGCCCCCCAUCGCUUACGGCAUCGCGUCCGAGUAUCCAAGCGUGCUCGCCCUGGUCAAGGCGUUUCGGAAACACGGUCCCCUCGUGCUGGAGGACUUGCAGAAAUCAGCGAAUCGGAACGGCGCCCUCACUGACCGCAAAAUCGGCCCCGCGAUCAGCAAGAGGCUGUACAAGGUCUUCACGGAGACGGAUCCGGCGUCCACGGAUGUUUGA